GCAUAUUUCACAACCUUGGCAUAUAUCUUAUCUUUCUUCGACCGGUAGAUUGGUUGAAGAAAGCUAGCUAAUAAUGUUCCAUCUUUCUAAGGAAGAGCUACUUUUCCUAGUAUUGAACUGUUAUGAUAUUAUCUCUGUUGCAGUGCUUUGUGUAGGAGCAAUUUUUUUUGUCUCGAAAGCUUGGAGUUGGAGAAGAUUCGUAAGUACUGAGAAGAAAGGUCAUGAGAUCCCUGCAGGCCGGCUGGGGUUGCCUUUUCUUGGUGAAACCUUUUCUUUUCUGUCAGCCACGAACAGUACAAGAGGAUGCUAUGAUUUUGUUAGACUCCGAAGACUAUGGCAUGGAAAGUGUUUUAAGACAAGGAUAUUCGGAAAGAUCCAUGUGUUUGUUCCUAGUACCGAGGGUGCAAGAAGGGUAUUUGCUAAUGAUUUUGUGGAUUUCAACAAGGGGUAUGUGAAAUCAAUGGCAGACGCGGUUGGAGAAAAGAGCUUGCUAUGUGUGCCACAUGAGAGCCACAGAAGGAUUAGGCGUCUUCUAUCCGAUCCUUUCUCCAUGAAAUCUUUGUCGAAGUUUGUCAAGGAGUUCGACAAAAUGCUGCUUGAAAGGCUGAAGAAUUUCGAAGCUGGGAAAAGCUUGGUGGUGCUUGACUUCAGUAUGAAGUUGACAUUUGAUGCAAUGUGCAAAAUGCUUUUGAGCAUCACCGAUGAAUCCCUGCUAGGAGAUAUCGAAAGAGACUGCACAUCUAUUUCCAAUGCUAUGAUUUCCUUUCCCAUCGCGAUUCCUGGCACCAGAUACUACAAAGGCAUCAAGGCACGUAAAAGGCUCAUGGAAACCUUUAGAGAUAUAAUUACAAGACGACGGAGUGGAAAGGAGUCUCCUCCAGACUUCUUGCAGUCCAUGAUACAGAGAGACUCGUAUCCUCCUGACGAAAAGCUCGACGACUCCGAGAUUAUGGAUAACCUAUUGACAUUGAUAGUUGCGGGGCAGACCACCACUGCAGCUGCAAUGAUGUGGAGUGUCAAGUUUCUGGAUGAGAACAAAGAAGCCCAGGACAGGCUCAGGGAAGAACAAUUGUCAAUAUUCAGAAAUAAGCCUGAAGGAGCCUUAGUCACUCUUGAAGAUCUUAACAACAUGUCCUAUGGUUCAAAGGUUGUCAAAGAAACAUUAAGAAUGUCAAAUGUCUUGUUGUGGUUUCCUCGUGUUGCACUUAAUGACUGCACAAUAGCAGGUUUUGAGAUAAAGAAAGGAUGGCACGUAAACAUUGACGCAACUUGUAUACACUAUGACCCAGAUUUGUUCAAGGACCCUAUGCAAUUUAAUCCUUCAAGAUUUGAUGAAAUGCAAAAGCCAUACAGUCAUAUACCUUUUGGGUCAGGACCUAGGACAUGCUUAGGAAUGAAUAUGGCAAAGGUGACAAUGUUGGUCUUUCUACACCGACUGACUAGUGGAUACAAGUGGACUGUUGAUGAUCUAGAUACUUGCCUAGAAAAGAAAGCACAUAUUCCGAGACUCAGAAGUGGGUGUCCCAUAACUUUGGAGCCCUUAUGAGGUGGGAACUAAGCAUAGAUGAGUUCAGUCUUCUGUAUGUUAACAGUGUGAGAAGUUCCUAGCAUGCUUGAAAGACAAAGAGGGGUGGUCUGAAAUAUGUCCAACCUCGUUCAGAUAAUGAAGCAUGUAAUGCCUCUAGUUAUGAACACUCUUCCAGAGAUCAACAACACAACAUAUAGGAACAGAGUGCAGAUUGAAUCCAACAACUAUCAGGCUCCAUUUGCUUUUAAAAUAAAAGCUAGAAAUAUAAUAUGUUUUACUUCUGUGCAGCUCCAUAUCACUGCAUUUAAGAAGGGUUAAGCUAUAUUAAUGAGAAAUUUGCAUAUUGAACAACA